CACUGGUGACAUUGACUGAAACAGUACAAGCUCUGCAAACAACCAGCUCGAAUAUGCAGACUGAGGUAGGAGGUACCACUGAUAAAGUGGAAGAGCUGGAAACAACAUUGACCGGGAAAUGGAGAAUACGAAAGCAACACAAGCGCUCACUGGUGACAUUGACUGAAUCAGUACAAGCUCUGCAAACAACCAGCUCGAAUAUGCAGACUGAGGUAGGAGGUACCACUGAGAAAGUGGAAGAGCUGGAAACAACAUUGACCCGGGAAAUGGAGAACACGAAAGCAAACAAGCGCUCACUGGAGAUAUUGACUGAAACAGUACAAGCUCUCCAAACAACCAGCUCGAAUAUGCAGACUGAGGUAGGAGGGACCACUGAUAAAGUGGAAGAGCUGGAAACAACAUUGACUAGAGAAAUGGAGAACACGAAAGCAAACAAGCGCUCACUGGUGACAUUGACAGAAUCAGUACAAGCUCUGCAAACAACCAGUUCGAAUGUGAUGAUUUUAAAUGGCGAAGAGAGCGCUGGAAAUGCACGAUGUGCCAAAGUGUGUGCUGGAACAACUGGUAGAAGUUCAACCAGUCAUUCACGUUAUGGCUCUCAGGACAUCUCCAUAUAUGUAAACAUUAGCGGGUGUGGGUUCGUUAAAAUACCGACAAUAACAACAUCAGUAGAGGGACGUGGCGGUCACGACGAAGCUACAGGUACCUCUUCGGUUUAUUCCGCAACAAGAACAGGAUUCACGAUGCGCUUCAGAAGGGGACAUGCUUCUCAUUAUGCAACAAUUUACAACUGGAAUGUUGAAUGGAUUGCAAUAGGCUACACGUGUUAAAAACUAUCUCCAAAACAUCAUCAUGGUGAAUACGGAGCUAAGAACUAUUGCAUGGGUUUUUUU